AUGCGCCCGCUGCCCGGGGGCCGGCCGCAGGUUGUGCUGCGCAAGCUGUUUGAGCGGCUGGGCGUGACCUUCAUCAAGCUGGGCCAGCUUAUUGCCAGCGCGCCCUCUCUGUUCCCGGAGGAGUACGUGGAGGAGUUCCAGGGCUGCCUGGACCGCGCAGACCCCGUGCCCUACGCCACCGUGCGCGCCAUCCUUGCGGCAGACCUGGGGGCGCCCAUUGAGAGCGUGUUCUCGUCAGUGGACGAGAGGCCCCUGGCCAGCGCCAGCAUAGCGCAGGUUCAUGCUGCGGUGCUGGCUGGCAGUGGCAAAGAGGUGGUGAUCAAGGUGGUCAAGCCAGGGACGGCUGACAUCAUCACGGCAGACCUCAACGCAGUGUACCUGGCGACGCGUCUGCUGGAGUUUAUCCAGCCCGAGCUGCAGCGGCUGAGCCUGGCGCCCAUCCUGGCGCAGCUGCGGGCCUCCAUGGCAGACGAGACGGACCUGCUCAAGGAGCUGGCGCACCUCACAACGUUCUCAGACUUCCUGGACAAGAGGGGACUGCGCGGCGUGGCCACCUGCCCCUACGCGUACAGGCAGUACAGCAGCAAGCGCGUGCUGGUGCUGGAGCGGCUGCGGGGUGUGCCCCUGACCGAUCUGGACGCCAUUCGCCGCGUCACCAGCAGGGACCCCGAGACGGUGCUCAUAACGGCGCUCAACGUGUGGGGGGCCAGCGUGCUGGAUGCUGAGACCUUCCACGCCGACGUGCACGCAGGAAACCUACUGGUGUUGCCUGAUGGGCGUGUGGGCUUCAUCGACUUUGGCAUUGUUGGCCGCAUCUCAGAGGGCACAUGGCGGGGUCUGGAGGCGCUGCUGGUGGCGGUGGGCACUCAGGACUACGCCACCAUGGCGCGCGCCCUGGGCGCCAUGGGGGCCACGGGCCCUGACGUGGACUAUGACGCUUUUGCCCGCGACCUGGCGGAUUUCUUUGGGGGCCUGGACCAGCUGCAGGGCAGCCUGGUGGUGGCGGCGGCGCCUGCUGGCUCCGGGGGCGUGGGUGGCGUGGGGGCUGCGCUGGAGGUGGACCAGGCGGCGGUCAACAGGCUGGCCCUGGAGCUCGUCAGGGUCGCAGAGAGCCACGGCGUCAGGGUCCCGCCCGACUUUUCGCUGCUGCUGAAGCAGAGCCUCUACUUUGACCGCUACGUGAGGGCCCUGGCACCAGGGCUGCAGGUGCUGUCCGACGACAGGGUGCAGUGGAGGGGCGGUGGCGGGGGCGGCGGCGGUGGCGGCAGCGACGCGUUUGUCACCGUGGCUGGUGGCGGCUCUGCUGUGUCUUUCGUGCAGUAA